AUGGCACGGAGGGCUGUUAAAGAAGCUAAAGAAGCCCCUCAGCAAUUGGCUCCUGAGAAACCCAGAAUAGAGCCUAAGAAAUUUGUUAAAAUUGGACGACCUAGUUAUAGAGUCACAAAGCAGAAAGAUCCAGAGAAUGGACAGCAAAGUUUACUAUUUCAAGUUGACUACCCAAAAAUAGCAGAAGGUGUUCAGCCUAGACAUCGCAUGUCUGCAUACGAGCAGAAAAUAGAGCCCCCAGACCGCAGAUGGCAAUAUUUACUAUUUGCAGCGGAACCAUAUGAAACUAUAGCAUUUAAAUUUCCCAGUAGAGAAGUAGAGAAACAUGACUCAAAGUUCUGGACCCACUGGAAUAAAGAUACAAAGCAAUUUUUCCUGCAAUUAGCAUUUAAAAUGGAGCCCUUAAGACUGCCGCCGGCACCACCUAAGAUUUGGGAAAACCAUGGCAGUCGCUUGCCUCCACCACUGAUGAUGAUGACAGCUCAGAUGAUGGGAGUGCCACCUCCACCACCAUUAUUGCCAGUACCUCCUCCACCCCCAUCUAUGUAA